GAGCUGCUCGGGGCCGUUGAAAUUUCAUUGGUUCAUUGGUUCAUUCUUUUUCCUUCGGGCUGUGGGUUUCCUGGUGGCGUGGGUUUAUUUUUCCAUUUGGCCAGGUGAAAAAAAAAGGGGGGGGGAGAGAACAUGGCUUUCCUAAUGAAAAAUAUGCUGAGUAACCAGGUGAAAAAUUUGGGACUUUCUGGAGGGGGCGAAGAAAAGAAGGAGGAAGCUGCUCCAGCUGACCCAGCUACAGCAGCCGGAAUGACCCGGGAAGAAUAUGAGGAAUAUCAAAAGCAAGUGAUAGAGGAGAAGAUGGAAAGAGACGCAGCUUACACGCAAAAGAAGGCUGGACGAGCUGUUUUGCGGGUUCACUUGCGAGAGAAAUACAGACUUCCAAAGAGUGAAUUGGAUGACACUCAGAUUCAGUUGGGUGGAGAUGACGUGGACUUGCCAGAAGACCUCCAGAAGAUGGUAGCAGAGGAUCAAGAAGAAGAAGAAGACAAAGAUACUUUUUUAGGACAGCUUCAGAACAUCCAGAAUAUGGACAUGGAUGCUAUCAAAGAAAAAGUCCAAGCGACUUUCACUGAUAUUAAGCAGUCCGCUGAACAAAAAUGUUCUGUAAUGUAGUGAAGAAAUUUCACAAGACCUAGGUACAAAUGUCCACAGAAAUGGAUGACUUGUGGGACAACAGCAACAAUUGGUGCUGCUGCUUACUCAUCACACGCUCCCUCUUUAUGAGAAGUGGUGUUUUGUUUUGUUUUUUCCAGACAACAUUAAAAAUGGCCAUUGAGAGAAGCCAUGAUGGUGAUAAUUGAUUCCAAUUUUGUAGAUUAUUAUCCAUUCCUAUACCCCUUUGCUCACAUACUUAUACUGGGUGUAGUAACACUUGCAAAUACUUUGCACUAAUAUAUAGCAUUUCAAGCAUCAAAUCCAGAAAGUACCUUUGUUACUUUGAUGCAGCUAAACAAGUAUCAUAAUGAACAAAAUAUUCUUCCACAAGCACUCAAAGAUUGCAUUUUACUUAUAAGAUACAAGAACCAUUUUUCUGAGGGGUGUGGUGUGUGUGUGUGCUCACGCACGUGUUUCUACAUGCGUCUGCAUGUGCGUCUGUGUGUAUGGUUUUGUGAGCAUCCAUUUGCGGCUAGGAACUAAAAGCAGUAAAAGUGAAUUUAAUUAAAAUUAAGGAAUAGACAGUGAAAAUUACUAUAAUGACAAGUACGGUAAUAAAAAUAUUUUUUUCUCUUA